AUGCAAAGCAUCAGCACCCAUCUACACCUCUCUUUGCCCAUCUACACCCAUCUGCACCCAUCCACACCUCAUCUGUACAGAUUCUUGGGCUCGCAUCUCCUGCAGCAGCUGCUAGCUGCGGGCCACACAGUCAGGUGCCUCUGCAGGCAACCCAACACCCUGCCGCCCCACCCCCGCAUUCAGUGCCGCCCCACCCACACCACACAUCCAGGUAGGCUUUUACUGGAUAACCUCAAAUGUCGCCUCUGUCCCAAAGCCACCACGGACAGACAACCCCAUGCCAUGCCCUGCCGCCCCACCAACUUGUCCUGGCAGGCCCCUCCUCCCUCGAUACCCUCCUCCAAGGCACCUCGGGUCAUCAUCCACCCACCAUGCCUGCGUCUCUCUUCCGUCCCUCUUAGCACUCGCUUCCUCCCCACCCCCAUCCCCCAGGUGGUGAUCGGAUCUCUCUCCGACCCCUCUGCCCUCGACUCCCUCCUCCAAGGAUCUCUCUCAGACCCCUCUGCCCUUGAAUCGCUUCUCCAAGGCACCUCGGGUCUCUUCCACCUGGCAGGAGUCGUCAUCCACUCACGCGCCGCCACGUCAGCACCACCACAACAACAACAGCAACACCCGACCCCCACGUCCACCCCUCAACCGAGCUCCACCGCACAGCACCCCUCCCUCGACCAAACCACCGUUGACGGCACGUUAGCCGUGCUCGAAGCGGCUCUUAAAGCCGGGGUUAAACGCAUAGUCUAUGCAUCCACGUCAGGGACUGUUGGUGCUUUCACAGACUCCCGACAGGUGGCGAGCGAUGAUUCGCCGUACGCGAGGGAGGUGGUGGGGGGGUGGCCGUAUUACCGGGCGAAGAUAGAGGCCGAGGAGAGGGCGAGGGGGUAUGCGGAGCAGCAUGGUUUGGAGCUCGUUUGCAUGCGACCCACUCUCAUUCUAGGGCCAGGUGGGUUGAGAGAAUUUGAAGGCAUCUCCUUAUGUAUGCGUCAAGUGAAAUGA